AUGGCUAUAAUUGAUAAUUAUCAACAAGUUCGAGGAAACGAAUAUUCAAGCAUGGGCGGAGGACAUACAUUAAACAUUGAGGGAUUGACCAAGUCAGCCAAUGACUUACCAAAUACGCCAUACCCAGCAUGGUUUUUUUCAGCGGUGCUUCUCUAUAAAGGUGUCACGACGCACAAACCGAUUGCUAAUGCCACAGGCACAUCAGGGGGAUCAGCCAAAUUUAGUCAAUGGUUAUCAUUAUCGAAGCCAUCGAGGUUGUCGUGUUUCACGUUUGGUGCUGCCCACUUACUCGGGGGAUGGAUUAUCUACGAUGGGGACCUUGCUAAUGGUGCAGGUUUCAACUUCGCAUGGUCGACGCUAUACUUGAUUGUGAACGGGACAUCCAGCGUCAAGAGCUUGGCAUUGGGAAGAUUGAACCCAAUAGGUUUGAGUGUGUUAGCACUUGGAAACGUUGGAAUGUACGGCAAGAAAUUCUUUUGGCAUUAA